GCAUUGUUUUUAACAUUUUAAUAAACAAUACCUUUUCACUACGCCAUUGAUACACUCCUCACACUCCACUCAUCAAAUUUUGAUCAAUUUGCUGAAAUCUGUAAUAUGAGAAUGUAAUUAAAAGAUUCAACUCUCAAUAAACUAAAUAUCAGCACUCUGCCAAAACAUAUCUUUGUUGUUGUUUGAAAUCUUAUCGGUUCAUAGAAUUACAUUAUCAGCUUCAAUACACAAUCGACUUUUGCACAAACAAAACAUUCGUGCUGAUAUUUUAUUAAAAAUGUCAUACUGCUAGCGGCAUCUAUGAAUGAAUAUGCAUUUCAAAUAUUCUUUAUUCUUUGUUUAAUUAACAUAAUUUAAACACAUCUUGUGAGUAAUCCAUCGGACUGACUCAACUAUGAAUCUAUUAGCAUCAUAAAUGAAACCAAAUAUGGUUUGUUAAACUAAUCAAGAAAAAAUCGUUGGCGUUGACCUCAGUCAAUCCAAUAGUGACCAUACUAACCUAACAUCUCCAAACUAUACAAAUGCUCAGAAACAAGUAAGAAGUGCAGGAUAAAAGUUUGUUUACAAAAUGUCUAGUUUCGAAAUGAAUGAAGAUAAUGAAAGAUCUGAAGAAGAACUUUGUGCAGCAUUUGAAUUAUUAGAGGUUGCAGCUAAAGAACUUUAUGACUUUCGAGAUCAUUACUUUGAACAUCACAAUAUAGAAGAUGCAAUCAAAAGAAAUACUCAUAUUGAAGAUAAACUUCAAGGGACCAUGAAAAUAUUUGAAGAAAAUAAAGACUGUGAAAAGAAGUGUAGAGCUAAGUAUUAUUAUCUUAAAGGUUAUAUAUUAAAUGUAGUGCCUACAUAUUGCAAGGAAGCAGAGGAGUUGCUCUUCAAGGCUGUGAAAUUAGAUCCUAAAUUAAUCAGAGCAUGGAAUGAAUUAGGAGAUUGUUAUUGCAAGAAGAAUAAUUUACAGGAGGCAGCUCAUUGUUUUGAUAAAGCUUUGAAUUAUGAGAAAAACAAGGUUUCUUUAAGGAAUCUUUCAAUUUUAAUGAGAUUACAGCCUGUGAAAAGUAGUGCUGAACGUUUAAAAAACAUAGAACUUGGUUUAAAAUAUGCCAAGGAGGCAGUACAGUUAGAUACUCAAGAUGGUAGCUCCUGGGCUGUGCUGGGGAAUGCCUACUUGUCUUCCUUUUUUGGAAUAUCACAAAAUCCAAAAACUUUACAGCAAUGUUUAAGUGCUUAUACACAAGCUGAAAAGGAUAUAGUGACUAGAAAUACUACUGAUUUACAUUACAAUAAAGCAAUUAUGCUUAAAUAUGAAGAAGAGUAUUUACCAGCGCUCGAAGCAUUUGACCGUGCAAUAAGUUUAGAUCCAACCUGGGAAGCACCAGAAUUAAAACGACGUCAAUUCUUAAACUACCUCAAGGAAAUCAACGAAAUGGUCGCCACCACGGGCAAAAUGAAAGUUAAAAAGUUGAAUCAAUUACUACAAACACUAGAUUCUAAACAUCUAGGUCCUUAUGGUGGUGGCACCUACAUAUCAACAAAUGGACAAAAAAUAAACCUGCAACAUGUACAUUUCAAUGACUUAAAACCUGGUCUUAAUGAACAAAAGGUCGUCCUGGGUAAAGUAGUGUGCUCGGUGCGCAAUGAAGACACCGUCCCGUUCACAUUUUGUUUGGUAGAUAAAAUAGGAACUUGUGUUGUUGCUACGAUAUACAAUUUAGCCGACGGCAAAGGCGUUAUCAUAGGACACUCGGUCGCCAUUCCUGAACCCUACUUAUCAGAUAUCGAUUUUAAGUACAAGAGCGAAGAAUACAAGUUCCGUCUAAUUCGCAUCGAGACACCGCUAAUAUUAGUCGUAAACGGUAAGAAAGCGAAUCGAGAUCUUCAAGCGGGCGUUCAGAUGUCUCUCUUCAAAAAGUUUGAUUAACCCUACAACUUUAUACACUUCGCAUCCGCCAUAAUUUACUUACUCACUACUCGACUAACGCAUUCUCGUAAUUCUGACAUGUUUAUAAUAAAAUUAUAAAAAAAGUAA